GUCAAAGUUCACAGCAAUAGCCAUAGAUUGGCAGGUCCGGGCUGCGGAUGGACAUUACUAUGACGUCAUUUUUGUUGGCACCGAUGAUGGUCGGAUAAUCAAGUCGAUUAACAAAGGCAAAGGCGCCCAGAUCGAAUCUGUGGUAAUCGAGGAUAUUCAGGUGCUGGAUGAAGACGAGCCUGUUGUAAACCUGAAAGUGCUCAGCAAUCGCGCAGACGAUACCCGUCAGAAACUCGUAGUCAUCUCUAAGCGGAGGAUCGUCUCGGUGCCUCUACACCGAUGUGCCAAGGCUUUGUCCUGCAGUAAAUGUGUGGCCCUCCAGGACCCGUACUGUGCCUAUAACAAGGACAUGAAGGAGUGCAUCAGUGCUGAACUUGGUAUUCAAAACAUUGCAGAUGGAAAGCAUGAAAGUUGUGGGCCUGAUGAUGUUGAAGGUAACACAGGAGCCAGCAGCCAGUCCCCCAAGACAGGUGGCACACAGGUGGAGAUCCUGGUCAUCGCUGUCGUGGUCUCCAUCAUCUUGUCCCUGGUCAGCGGCUUCAUCAUCGGCUUCAAGUUCCAGUCCUGCCGCAACUCCCGUGACCGAGACAGCGUGUUCUACGACAGCAAGUGCUCCACACUGCAGCGGGGCCGUAACCGGCUGUCGUCGGGCGACAACCCGUAUUUCCACACAGACCACACCAGCCUCACGCCCAAACAGAUGAACUACGUGGUCAACGUAAAGAACAGCAAGACCAACUCCGGGACGGAGACCAAACCUGUCACCAAGUCCAACAAAGUCUACUUGUAGCCAGGAGGCCACCGAUUGCCACGUAAAACUUCUCCUCCUUCUUUUAUCUCAUCGUCACACCUCCUGAGGCCAAUCGUUGGUCAUUUUCUUGUUGGGGGUAAGAAAACCAGGGAAGUACGACUAGUGACAUAAAAAGUGUUGCGAUAACCGAUAAAGAAGAAAGCUGCGUCAUACUGCACCUACUCAAUCGCACAAAAGAAAAAUUGUUUUGUUCUCUUCCACUGAGCCGAAUGUUCGUGCACAGAAACCAUCGAACUUUACGUAUACAUAUAUAUAUGACAGUGAUAGAGACACUUGCGGUGUGUUUGUGUUUGCAAGUCCUCAGUGUCUGGCCCGUCACUUACACCAGAUGGCAAGCUGUGAGAUGGAACGAGGAUCCUUUAUUCCGAGAGCAGAUCUCAGCCUGUGAAAGUUAUUAUUUCGAACGCACAAGAAGAAGAAGAAGCAACAUCCGAUAGUGCCUCUUCUUCUACGCUACCAUCCUACAUCUUUUUUCUCAGGAAGGAAAUGUCACAGUGAUGGGAUUUUUUCGUCUAUUUGCGAACUUCAGGCUGGGAUGUGUUGAUGUAGAGAGGUUAUCAGUGUCUUGUAGCUCUUGGGUCAUGGAACAUUCUGAGGGCUGGUGUUAUGUACAGGUAUAGCAUGUGUUAGCUGGAUGAGGAAAAUGGUGCUGAAAGCUCAUUGGUGACGCUGGAAGACAAAUAUGGCUGUUUGCCCAGAGACAGAUUUUGUCACUGAUGGUGCGUGUGUUUUCUGAGCUUGCAUCUCCUGACCUAACUCUGCAUGAAGGUCUCACGACCCGUGUUUAAUGGCAUGCCUCAGGACUGGGCUGGUCCAGUAUUAUCCCUGGACUUGGCCCGGCUGUUCCUAAGUUUGUUUUUCUACUGGGACUGUUGCCGAGACUGUUGCUCAAUGGAUCCCUAUAAACAUACCUGCGGUACUCAGUGGGUCCCUGUUGCCAACAUCAUGGUACUCAGAGGAUCUUAGCACACACAGGAAAGGCCUGUUGGUACUGACAAUAAAUCUUUGCAUUACCUAAUUUUUCUAGGCCUGUCAAGAGGUGAGAAGGGAUUAGCAGCCCAGGUCAAAGGUUAUCAACGAUUGUUGGUUUUAUUUUUCAUGCAUAAUACAAUGGCAGUGCACGCGCAGCCGGACUUAUGGAAGGAACAUAAUCAUCAAGUGGGAGGACAGUGGAUGUGGAGGAUAUGUGGAUAUGUCUAUGUGAACUUCUUCCCCUCCCAGCCACAGAGUAUUUCUGCAUGUCCCACCAGACUCAGCCACACACUCGCAGGGCCCAAGUUAGUUAGAGCUUGAUGGUGAUGGCUGUUUUAAUGAGUAUGAGGUACUCGGGAUGAACUUUUUGUUCUCAAAGGGUUGUUUCUUUUCCAGGCCCGGGGGUGGGGGGAACAGGGUUAGUUUUGUGUUUUUGCUGAGUCUCUUUUUUUUACAAGGAGGGAUAUUGGUGUUGUUGUAAAUUGUGCUUUUUUUGUUUUUAUUUUUACUUUUUUGUUGUUAUGUGUCAGUUGAUCUGAGGCUAAGGGAUUUGGGACACGGGGAUUGUAUACCAUGAAAGUGUGAAAAUGCAUCGCUCGCUGGAAGAAGGGGUAGAGGGUGUAAGAAUGUGGCUCUGAGCACAGCUUCUAUUAUCUGACAGAACAAAUCAAACCAUUCCAUUAUUUAUGCCAAAUCCUCAUUUUAAGGAAAUUUUUCUACACUGACUUUAAAAAUAAUAUUUGGGGGGGGGGGGGGGGGUCAAAGGUGUAUCAACACAAAGGCUGUAAUUUAAAAAACAAACAAGCAACAAAACAUGAAAUCACUAAGAACUUGUUCUUUCCAAAACUGUAAGUAGAAUUCGCUGCUGAACACUCUUGAAAAAUUAGUAUCUCUGUAUCUCUGCUGAUUUCUCAGUGGAGUAUAAUUGUAGCUUUCAGACGUUCACUCUAUUUAGUGCUUUUCAUGACAACUUAUUAUGAAAGUCACUUUGGAAGUGUUUUCUCCUGAGAAGCUCAAUACACUUGGUUGUGAGUUAUUUAUUUCUCUCACUGCCAUCAUUUUUUUCUUUGAGAAAAAAAAUGGCGAGUUUACAUUCCAAGCGCUAUACUGUAAACCCCCCUUGUUCCAAGACUUCUUCUGUGGUUGUCGUAGCAUUCACACUUCUCGGGGGAUUGAUUUCGUAGGGCUUGCAAGAGUGCCAUACACAUUUUGCAUGUUAUAUAUACGUACUAUACCCAUGUAAACGCAUCUAUUUGUAAACCAUGUUUAAUUUGUGAGAAGACCCUUCCCCUGGUACAUGAAGGUUAAGGUUCGUGUACCUCAUUUUUGCUGUUGUCAUUGUUACAUUCUCUUGAGAGUGUCUCUCAAAUACACAUAACUUUGAUGAAAGUAGUCCUUUAAGCAGGUACAAUGGGCCUCUCUGUGUGAUAAGGUAGAAAAAUCGUCUAUCACCAAAUGACUUCAAACUUUUGAUUUUCUGACCUGAUUUCUUAUAGUAAUAAAUGUGCUCUAAAAUAUCCUAAAUUUUUGCUUAGAAUAAUGCAGAAUUCUGUACUUUGAAGAGCUAGAUGUCCACUGCAUUGUGUGGCAGACAUAAAAAACACUUUAUUACCUUUCUUCCUAUUCUUUGUGUCUGAUUCGUCCGCUCAAAAUUGUUUUAAACUUAUCUAGGGUAAUCAAUGCUACAGCUGUUAUGUCCUCACCGUAGAGCCAAAAUUAUGUACAUACCUUGCCCACGUAAAGAACAAAUAUAUUAUCAGCCUAUAUUAUUGACAUGUGAAUGGUAUUUUACUGAUUGUACGGAGUCUUGACACACACCAUAUGGAAUACUAUUCUGUCACUUUUGUUAUCAUAAAAAAUACAGCAGUUAAGCCUGUUAUCUUCCAUUGUUGCUGUAUUAAACAAAAUGCCAAGUAAUCGAACUAUUUCACAAAAGUAUUGUCAUUAAUCAAAUGUACAAAUCAUACAAUAUGGAGUUUAUUGUUCUCAUAAACGCGUACUCUGUCUAACUCUGUCUUCAUGUACUUAUACAACUCUUUUAUUAUGACAGAAAACUUACGCAUUCUUGAGAGUGUGUACGUUGAUGCCUGUGCUGUGUUUCCUAACCAUCCCAUCGGUAGUGGGUUUUUCAACUCUGCAGAUAAUGUUCAAACAGGGUGGUGCCUAAAGUCACAGACACUUUCUUUUCAUUUAAACAAAAUUUAAAGAUUUUUCCUGCAGGUUGAUAGACAGUUGUUUCUGGCCAUGUGGUAAGUGGAAGGAAAUAUCAAAAUGAUUAUUGUCUGGGGACAGCUUUGAGUAACUGCUGUCCUGGGUUUUGGAACCAUAAGUUGGGGUGGACUGGGUUUGUUACCACACAAAGAAAAUCAAUUGAAAGAAGUGGGGGGGGGGAAACAGUGGUGUAAAACAACAAUUUCCUGUACAAAAAAACCCCAAAAACGUUGCAUUCUUUCUAGCUUUACAAGCUCCAUCUUGCGUGCUAGUCCCCAAAAGUAAACAAUGACAACAGACUUGUGGCCAAUACACUGUUGAAUAGUUAUUGGUUUAGGUGGAGCCAUUGUCAUCAGCCAAACUGCCAGUUUAUUGACCUGCUGAAGAAGAGCAAAUUUUGCAGUUGCUUUGUUUUUGCCUAUUUGUCACUUUCCACAGGACUGGAAAAACAUUGAACAAAAUAUUGAUUCAUCAAAUGUUUAAAAUAUAGAGAUAAAAUAUGUAGAGAGACUGGCCUGAAGAUUCUUUGUUGACAACAAGCAAGCUAAUUUUUUUUCUUGAUUCCUCCUGUAUUGUGGAAAGAGAGCUCAGCCAAAGCUAAGUGUUU